AUCACAGCAGUAAGCCACACGGCAGCACACACACACACACACAGCAAGAGAGAGGAGGACGUAAAAAGAGAGUUGCAAGAGAGAAAUCCUCGGCUAGCCUCUCUCCUCUCAGUUUCCUGGUUAUUUUGCUUCCCUGAUAUGACCCUGUUCAGCCCAAGAUACAUGAGCAUGAGUGGAGAUUUGAAGUCCAGCCGCUCCAGGGCAGCGAGUAAGAGGGCCAGCAACACCACUUAUGGAUCCGAGUUCGACCUGGACUAUGACAGCUACCACGAGGACUACUAUGACAGGGUGUAUGACUACCAGCGUGUGCCAGCAUCCCUGUCUCCUCUGCCGCUGGGACCCAGUCUGGCAAAGCGAUCCCGCUCCUCCUCCUACUCCUCUGGGCACAGACGCAGUCGAGACAGAACCCACUCCAAAAGCUCCAGAGCCCACUCCACCAGUUCAACCACAGCCAAGCUGGGCAUGGAAGAGUUGCAGGUGAUUAAAAAGGAGCUGACUCUGAUAAAGACACAGAUCGAUGGGCUGCUUGACAGUCUUGACAGGAUGGACACAGAGAGGAAUGACCACAAAGGGUCUCCCCUGAAAGAGGACAGUCCAGCUGGCUCGCCGUACGCUCUGUCUGCCAGCAGCCCCGAGCAUUCCCUCUCCUCCCUCUCUCCACCCAGCUCCCGCCAUCGAAUCCACAGGGAGAAUCAUGACCCGAGGGAGCCCGAUGACGACCACCACACGAUGAGCAACCACAGCUCUGACCCCGAGGAGGAAAUAUGAGGGAGGAACAUGAGAAGACGUAAAAGACAUGGAUUAAGUGCCAAACAUGGAGGAAGAGAACAGCAACCGCCAAGCCGACACUCAUAUCAGAAGCUCAACUUCCCUCCAACAGAGUGUACAUAUCAGAUAUACAAUACAUUUAAUUGUAUCACAACAGCAGAUUGGUUUCUGUAACCAUACUUUUAAGUAAUACUAAAACACAGGUGAUUUAUACACACCAAGUACAUGCACAUCUGAUUGAGAAGAUUUUGGUAUGUCGGACUGAGAGGGUGAGAGAGUAAUUAUAAAAGGACAACUUGAAGCACGGUGGUGAAUUUAACUUUUUAUAAUCCGGCCUAAGCAGGCGUUCUUAUUGAACUGUAUGAGAGGGUUUACACCAACGCCAAUAUUCCAGUAUUAAUCCAAAUGAGACAAUACAGUAUUAAAACCUUGUGUAAGCAGCUUACCAAUUUAUCUUGUCCACAUUAAAAGCCUUCUCCUGCCACUAUCAGACUGUAGGCUACAUAUAAUAAUACUUUAUGUGUAGUCAUGGGCUUCUGCCAGAGGUGUUACAAUGGUUUCACCAGUUUCUCCCUUAUAUCUUGAAUUAGAUAAUGUACAAACAAUACAGAACCAGGAAUAUGAACCAUGUAAACAGCUUACUUGAAUGUUAUUAUUUUCAGAAUAAUGACAUAACUGGAAUACUGUGUGCAUGUACUGUAAAAUGAAAAUCCCUUCUGUGGAUCUCAAAGUAUUUUGAAUGAAAAGAAAUCUGUGCACUCUCAAAUUUGAUCUUUCAAGAGAGCUUUUUGUUGACGCUUGAUUCACCUUUUUUCUCUUUAUUGUACCUCUAAGAUAUCAGAUUUUAGUAAAUCAAAGUACUCUUUAAGAGAAUGAAUAGUUUGAUCAUUCAGGAGAGAUACAGGUUGUUCAGUAUGCUACUUCUCUGAGUGUGACUCUCUGAAACAAAUGUCUUUUCUCUACUUUAAAUGUAUUAGAGGAAUGUUACAGCUCUCUUCCGCCAUGUAUUUGGCACUUUUAAUACAAGGCCAGGUCAGUGUGUAAUAUUGUGUAUUAUUGUAAACUUUACUGUAAUUGUUGAACUGUCUGAUUUUAAUCUUGCUUUAGGACUUCUCAUAUGUUUUUUUAAAAGAAAACAAUGAUGUUACUCCUAUGCUGUUUUUGUUUGCAUUCUUCAGAUAAGCCAAGUGGAAAUACUCAUUGUCACAGUAGUAAAAGUAUUUUCAUAUUGAGUAUACAUACAG